ACAACAGCAUAAGAGAAGAAAUGAUGAUUGAACUACUAAAACAUUUCAAAAAUCAGAGAGAAUUCAUGGAAAAACUAAACAGACAAUUCGUACUUAUAACCGAUGUAAUCACAAAAGACUAUACCAGAGCCAGAGAACGUGAUGACCAAAUAAAGAAACAUACAGAGACCAACCAGAGAUUACUAGCUACUGCCCAGACUACACUAUCGGAGAUAAGGAUUAUUACGGAGAAAUUUGAAGAGUUAGAAGCAGAGUGUAAAAUUUCAGAGACCAAAGCAUCCGUUGCCCAAAGAGAGAAGACGAGAGAAAACAAAGACUUCAGAGAAAGACCAAGCACCUAUAGAGAGCAAAAGGAUGUAAAAUGCUAUAGGUGCAACAAAUUUGGUCACUGGCAAACAGAGUGCCCAUUAAUAGAAUUUGGAACCUGGUAUUGCUACUAUUGCAAUGAGUAUCGGCAGCAUAAAGGGGAUCAGUGUCCGAAAGCACCUCAGAGAGAAACAGAAUAGAAGUCAACAGGGGACGCAGUAGCCGCACUGGGAGGGAGUGUGAGCGACAAGCAGCAUUGCGGCCUCUGUCGAUAUCGCUCGCAACUUAACUCUCUCCCCCAUCAUGUACUUCUCCCACCGGAAGUACAGGAGGAAUUUGAAGCAGUCCGUUGUUUCAAGGAUCGAAACGAACUCUUUUUCAUUCCUUUGUGAGCUUCGAGCGAGUACACGUGCAAAAAGGAACAGAGGUCUUUUUGUCAGUUUUAUAUAACUAACAGUCAGAGUUUAUAUUUUGUUUUUGAAAAACCAAGAGUUUAUUUUGUUACUACUUUCAUAUUAUAACGUAUUAUCUUAUAUUAUCUUACAUAAAUAGUGUCCUGUUCAUAAUAAAUAAACUAGUGUUAAACCUGUGAUAAGAA